AGAUGAACAAUGACCAUAGUUGACAAGACGUCUGAGUCCUCAAAGCCUUCGGCUUCUGAGAAACAGCCUUUCAGCUCCGUGGCACCAGCUUCUGGAGAAAUGGACUCGGGCUCUGCAGGAUGGGGUGCUGUGUCUUCUUCUUUAGAAGCUCCAAAACACAAAAUAUCUUUGGGGCCAGUGCCAGGAGCUGCAGUGUACUCUAAUUCAUCAGUACCUGAUAAAUCCAAGCCCUCGGCUCAGAAGGAUCUGUCUGCUGUUGGUGACGGCAUUACGGCCCCGCAGAAGGUCCUCUUUCCGGCAGAGAAGAUAUGCUUGAAAUGGCAAAAAACACACAGAGUUUGGAGCCGGUUCCUCCAAAACCUUGGCAACACAUGCUUCCUCAACUCUGCACUGCAGUGUCUGACCUACACCCCUCCUCUUGCCAACUACAUGCUUUCCCAUGAACACUCCAAAACCUGUCACGAACAAGGAUUUUGCAUGAUGUGCACCAUGCAAGGUCACAUCACCCAGGCGCUUUCAAACUCCGGCAAUGUCAUCAAGCCUAUGCCUGUCAUAAAUGAUCUUAGACGAAUAGCAAAGCAUUUCCGUUUUGGCAAUCAGGAAGAUGCACACGAAUUUCUACGGUACACCGUUGAUGCUAUGCAGAAAGCAUGUCUGAAUGGUAGCAACAAAUUGGACAGACAUACCCAAGCUACCACAUUCAUUCAUCAAAUAUUUGGAGGAUACCUAAGAUCUAGAGGUAGUAAAUGUAUGAACUGCAAAGGAGUUUCAGACUUUGAUCCAUACCUAGAUAUUACAUUGGAGAUAAAGUCAGCUCAAAGUGUUAACAAAGCUCUGGAGCAGUUUGUCAAGCCAGAACAGCUGGAUGGUGAAAAUGCCUAUAAAUGUAGCAAGUGUAAAAAAAUGGUUCCUGCGUCAAAGAGGUUUACAAUACAUCGGGCUUCAAACGUACUCACCUUGUCCUUGAAACGGUUCGCAAAUUUCAGUGGUGGCAAAAUUACAAAGGAGGUGAAAUACCCUGAGUAUUUGGAUAUUCGGCCAUAUAUGUCCCAGCCAAAUGGAGAGCCAAUUAUUUAUGCAUUGUAUGCUGUUUUGGUACAUACUGGUUUCAGCUGUCAUGCAGGACAUUACUACUGCUAUAUAAAGGCCAGUAACGGGCAGUGGUACCAGAUGAAUGACUCCACCGUCUCAAAUAGUGACAUCAGGACUGUAUUGAAUCAACAAGCCUACGUGCUUUUUUAUAUCAGGUCCCAUGACAUGAAAAAUGGCGGCGAACACAUUCAUUCCGUUCACACUCCUGGGCAGUCUUCUCCUCGACCUGUUAUCAAUCAGCGGGUGGUCAAUAAGCAGACUGCGCCAGGGUUUAUUGGACCACAACUACCCCCUCACAUGAUUAAGAAUUCGAAUCAUUUGAAUGGAACGGCAUCCCUGAAAGAAACUCCCAGCAGUUCUGUGGCAGUCGCUAGUAACGUCACCCUCACCAGGCCAUCUUCUGCACCUCCGGCCAUGUCUAUCCCAAACUGGACAAUGAACAGGCCUACAACCGCCGCCACUCCCGACCCUUCCAAGAAGCAAAAAAUAACCAUCAGUAUUCACAACAAGCUGUCCGCUCGCCAAAGUGUCUCUCACGCCAGCUGUACCUUGGACAACCCCAGCAAGCCUGCCCCAUCCUCGACCAUUUCCAGCCCUUCUGCUGUGCAAUCUACCUCAAGCGCAUCUGCCGUGUCGGCUCCUAAUCAAGUCCCCAAGCAAAUGCCUCUGAGCGAACCUUGCUCAAAGUUGGUAGUGAAUGGCAAGUCCAAGCUUAACCCGAGUACGUUGGUCCCUUACGGGGCAGAAUCUUCUGAAGACUCCGACGAGGAGUCCAAAGGACUGGUGAAAGAGAACGGCCACGCUGCACCUCUCAACGGCAUUCUAGCUGAAAAUGCAGCCAGCACAUUGGAGGGCUCUUGUUUGUCGUGUCACAGCGCCGAGAAGGAGGCUCCGCAGCACGAAGCGCCGAAAAACAUUACCGUUGUUGUUUCCAUUAGUAUAAAUGAUGCCCCUAAACAAAAUGGACAGAUAUGCAACGAUUCCACUAGCCAAGCAAAGCCUGCUAAAUCAGCCGAAAACCCGUUCUCCAAGGCAAAUGGGUUGCCUGGGAAAGGUGUGCCUACAGCUUUGCCCUCAGUCCCUGAAGACAGGAUCUUAGACUCUUUCAGAUACAAUCAACUGAAAACCUCAUCAGGGGGAAUAAGUGGUAAUGGAACAGAAAAAACAGAUGGUCCUUCUGAAGAGGGAGCCAGUACUCUUCCCAACAACAUCCAGACUCAUUUGGCCCCUUCAGAUCCCGAAAUCACUUCUACAACGGAAGACCCCUGUGAAAGGACUGUUGCUGAAACAGAGAGCACGCCUCUUGAGAGUGAUGGGCAGCAUAACCCUAAAUCCAGUUCGUUGGGAGCAGAAGAAGACUUCCCUAGAGAAGAUGAUGUGGAGGACCAUCCCGAAAAGAUGAGGGGACCAAAAGAAGGGAAAGCAGCUUGGGAAAAGAGCCCUGAGCCUGUCGGGGGAGCAGCAGAAAAGGGGGUGCGAAGCCCCCUCCUUACAAGGUCCGACGGUGAAUGUAGUUCUCCAAAGCUUGCCGCUGUAAACGUGGCAGAAAAAUGCCAAGAAACACAAGACAGUGCAGAACGCUACGAGGAUGUCCCACCUCCUGAUGAACCUUCCGUUACAAGGCUGGACCCGCUUGGAGGAAGCCAGUGUUCGAAGGAUGACGGCAGAUUGGGAGAGAGCAGCAGCAAACAGGUCAAAGGAAAUACAGAAAGGCAAGAGUUGAAAUCCCAUUCGCCCCUUAAGGAAAAAAUAUGCACCUCAAAAAAAAUAGACAAAGAUCACUACCGUUCCAAAAGGAAGCGCUCUGAAAGCGAGGAGGAGGAAGAGGAGGAGGCAGCAGUGGCCCCCCGGGGCCAGCCGGAAGGGCACUACCCCAAGAAGUGGUGCUCCUACAGCAGGGAGAGAGCCAAGCAGGAGCACUACCGGCGAGAAUAUUACAAUGCAAACUAUCACAGAUUCCCAUGCAGCCCUGAUCCUGAGAGGGGCAUGGGGAAAUAUCCCUCUUACAGGUCUCGCAGCAGAGGCAAAACGGACCCUGAACGGAGCAGGCAUUGCUACGGGAAAGGGGAGCAGUCGUGGAGCAAGGAGCGGUAUUACCAAGAUGGCCCGAGGAGAUGGGAGAGCUGCAGGCCUUACGGCUACUACUAUUCUUCCCACGGCCCCAGGUACAAUCAGGAUAGGAAAUUCACUCACUGCGAGAGAGACUAUAGCAAAUCAAGUCAUGUUUACAGUAGCCCGUAUAAAUACGAUCAUUAUAAAAGCAGGUGGACUCACGACCAGGAAAGGAAGAGGAGGUGCCCGAGCCCCGAGGGGAGCGAGACCCCCCCAGAAAAGAGGCACCAGAAGCUCUCGCAGAGUGAGUCUCUUGAGGAACAAAGAGGGCGGAAGCACAAGAAGUCGAAGAAGAAGAAGAAGUUGAAAAGCAAACACAGAGAGAGAGAUUCCAGGUACCACCAAGAUUCAGACCCGUCUGUAUCCAGCUCUGAGGCUGAGACUCACAAGCAUAAACAUAAGAAGAAGAAGAAAAAGAAGAAGAAACGCACAAAGAAAUCGGAAGAGCGCGCCGAAACGUCAGCUUCUCGUCUUCCCAAGCCGACUGGAUUGGAAACCAAGAAUCUCAAAGCAUGGGAAAUGACUGAGUCUUCUUCUUCGGAGGCAUGUAGGAAACAGGGCAAGGGCCCCCAGGAUGGAGAGACUGUUUGCCAGAAAACCAAGAGCUUAGAAGGUAGCAACAGAGAGAGCUGCUGCCCACCUACAGAUCGUAACGUAGAUCCAGAGUGUCUGCUGGAAGCCAUCCCUCCACAGCUCGCAGUAUAUUUAUAAACCGAAAAGCGAUUAACUCUUUAAUUCAUAAUUGGUGCUUCAGAAAUACUGUACAGAAUUUUACCAUUGAAAGAAACCCCUUUUUUUAGUUUUUACCUUGAGACUUUUUUUAAAAUUACCUGCAAUCCAAAAAAAGAAAAAGAAACAAAAAAUGGAUGGAAACUUUCUACAACUGCUGAACAUCAUAAAAUAUACCCUGUAAAUGUCACAGUAAUUAAUGCCCUGGAAUAGAACAUCUCAAAUGCUGCUUAGUUACAGACUCAGGUUGAUUGUGUUAUUCAUGUGAUGUUGCUCCAAGUCUACACACCUGGUGCAAAGGGGCGAGGAAACAACAGAAUUAUCAAGCUGCAACUGAUAGUCUCUUAUUUAAUUUAAAGACUUAUUUAAAAAUUUCACAUACAACUAGAAUUUUUGCAAGAGCUUCAUCUGUUUUUUCUGUGAUGUCUGCUACUAGAAACUCGAUCCAUUCCCUCCCACCCCGUCGGAUUCCAGUCUUGGACUAUGUGAAACGUGCCGUUCGGACUCUUUACCAGUUUUUGAAUGUAUCUUGGAACACGUCUGAAGACCCCUUGCCUGCUGCAGCCACUCCCAUGGAUAGGGCUGUCUCUCUGGGCCCUGCGAUGUCACCAACCACCUGCCAGCUGGCCAUUUUCAGGGUGUUUGAGUGGCCAGGCUUGUUGUCUCACCAAUGAACUUGUUAAGGCUGGUGCAGGGCUGUCUCCGGCAGAUGUCUGCCCCCUCUCCUUCUGUCCUCCCCCCACUACACUCUCUCUUGCUGGGUUUCAGUUUUCCUCCUCUGAAGGCUUCUGCCUUUGGCUCUUUUUCACUCUGUGGGGCUUCCUCUUUCCUGUUCUGUGCACUUUCUCUCUUUCUCCCCCCCCCCAAUGUUUAGCUUCUAUUUCCCUUGUCUCCUGUCUCUUUGCCUCUCCUUUAUUCCACCCUUGCCUAUUGCAGCUGCCUGCCCCAGCAUCUGUUCCACGGCUCUUUCAGGCGCCCACAGAUGACGGCAGUGGCGGCAGCGGGUCCCCCUGCAUGGUUCCGACAACGGCCAGCAGGAGCCAUCCUCAUACAUCCACUAUGUUUUUGUGUUUUACUAUAGCGUUGCUUCUCUUGACGGGUUCUCAGUUGUCUGGUCCUUGUCCCUUCAAAAGUUUCUAGUUACAGACACAUUCAUACUGUGAUUUAAUUUUUUUUAUGAUGAAUUGCUAUCAAACUGUGAUACACUUAAUUCACUGGUCCUGCAUCAGGAGACGGAGUGGGGAAAACUGUAUUAAAUACAGUUCAUCUGAAUAAUCUGUCUGGUUUAUACAAGCUGUGUUGUUCAGAGAUGUCUAAAGUUUGAUCUUUUGUUUUUUUAAAGAUAAAGCACUUGCCCCACUUGUAAAUAUAUGGCAUGUAAAAUUUAUAUAGUAUAUAAAUACAACAAGUCAAAACAAUGUUGCUCAAUGUA